CAGCUUGCGAAAGCAUACCAAGAAUUGGGCAAAGAUCUCUCGUCAUCCAAAUUUCGGGUCAUUGGAAAUUACACGUUAGGGAAGGUUAUUGGUGAAGGAACAUAUGGAAAGGUCCGAAUUGGGACUCAUCGUUUGACGGGAACACGGGUCGCUAUCAAGCAGAUCCCAAAAGAAGUUUCGGCCCAACUCACUCGAGAGAUUCAUCACCAUCGACGCCUGCACCAUCCCCACGUCACCAAACUGUAUGAGGUGAUCGCAACGGAAACAUCCAUCUGGCUAAUUACCGAAUUGUGUUCCGGAGGGGAACUUUUCGAUUACCUUGUGGAGAAGGGCCGGCUAAGUGAGGAUGAAACCCGCAGACUAGUUGGGCAGCUCUGCCUUGCUCUCCACUACGUGCAUUCAAAUGGAGCUGUUCAUCGUGAUUUAAAACUAGAAAACGUGUUACUUGAUGACCGAUGCAACGUGAAGAUCGGUGAUUUUGGGUUCACACGCGAAUACGAGCAAGGACGUCUGCUAGAAACCUUCUGUGGCACGACUGGCUAUGCCGCACCUGAGAUGCUGCUUGCGGAAAGGUAUUCUGGACCAGAGGUCGACAUUUGGUCGCUCGGAAUUAUCCUGUACACAUUAUUGGCUGGGUCGCUUCCAUUCGAUGAUGACGAUGAGAAGGUGAUGAAGGACAAAAUUAUACAGGGGCAGUUUGACAUACCCGAUUCCCUCAGCGAUAAUGCCCAGGCUCUGCUUCGAGGAAUGCUCAAACGAAAUCCAACUGAACGCCUCACUAUUCCUGCCAUCUUACGCCAUCCUUGGUUC